AUGGCCAAUUUUUUCGUUAGAUUGUGGGAAAGUGUAUUCGAACCGGGAACCUCCCCUCAGCUGAUCAUCGCCACACACGUAUCAUUUGUUGCAUUACUCCUAACUCUCCUUUGGCUCAUUUAUGCUACAAACGGGAAUAUUCACUUCUAUGCUCUUUUCUCUAUAUCACUUUUGCUCUGGUUCACGGUUAUCUGGUUCAUAAACGAAUUGUCACAAGUCAAAUUGAAGGAUAAUGAUGAGCUGGAUAACGAUGCCAAUAAAAAGGAGGAAGUUGCUAUUAAGAAAGACAGCAAAGACAAGCAAGAAGGCGGAAAAUCCUCCAGUGCUGCUAGACGGACUCAAGCGCAAUCUAGGUCGAGAAAAGCAUAG